AUGAGUCGUGCAGUGUUACAACCCUUCGAAGUUUAUCAAAAAGCAAGAGUUUAAUUUGUGUAGACAGUGGCUGAGUUAGCAAAAAGACCAUAAAAUAUUGAGGCAUUGCAAUCAGCAGGUGUGAUGUCCUUAUUGAGACCGUUGCUCUUAGAUUGUGUGCCAUCAAUUCAAUAAUCAGCAGCCUUGGCAUUGGGAAGAUUGGCUAAGCAUUCAGAAGAUUUGGCUGAAGCAGUUGUUUCCAAUGAAAUCUUGCCAUAAUUAGUGAGUUCGUUGGGAGAACAAAAUCGUUUCUACAAAAAGGCAGCAGCAUUCGUACUUAGAUGCGUUGCUAAACAUUCUUCAACUUUGGCAAUGGCAGUUGUGAAUUCAGGAGCCUUGGAAGCUUUGGUCUAAUGUUUAGAGGAAUUCGAUCCAAGUGUCAAGGAAGCUGCAGCAAGUGCUCUCCGUUACAUUGCCAAACACACAGCAGAUUUGGCUUAGGCUGUAGUAGAUGCAGGAGCUGUUCCAUUAUUGGUGCUCUGCAUUUAAGAACCAGAAACUACAUUGAAAAGAGUAUCAGCAGGAGCCCUAUCAGAAAUCUGUAAGCAUUCAGCCGAAUUGGCUUAGAAUGUAGUUGAUGCAGGUGCUGCACCAUUUCUCAGUGCCUUGAUUCCUCAUCAUGAUGCUGAGUUGAAGAGAUCUGUUUGCUUUUGUUUGGCCAAUAUUGCAAAACACACUAUAGAUUUGGCAGAAGCUAUUGUAGAUAUCCUUUAUAGAUUAAAAGACACAGACCCUGGAGUUAGAAUAAGCCGCAACGCAACAUGCAUUAGAGAAAUUGCAAGGUAAUCCCAAGACCUAGCUAAAAUGAUCUGUAGUGCAGGAGCUGUUGUGUCUAUUGUCGAUUAUAUUAAUGAAGCUAAGGGAGAUGCACGUUUACCAGGAAUCAUGACACUAGGAUUCAUCGGAGCCUUUGACGAAGCUUUGGCCAUGGGAAUUAUAGCAGCAAAAGGAAUUGCCCCAUUGAAAGACGCUUUAAUAAAAGAGCCUGAUCAAUCAGUCAAGAGUGCUUCUGCUUGGUCUCUUGGAAUGAUAGGUGGACAUUCAGCAGAUCAUUCAAGAGCCAUGGCUGAAGCUGAUGUUCCAUCCCAUUUGUUAGCUGUUUAUAAAUUCCCUGAUUCCAGUGAAGAUCUCAAAAAGAAAUCAAGUUAAGCUUUGAAAUCCAUAUUAUAAAUGUGCACUUACUUGCCUGCUCUUGAACCAUUAAUCUCAGAAGCCCCUCCUGAUAUUUUAUAAUAUGUCUUGCAUCAAUUCUAAAAGACAUUACCAAAUGAUAAUGCAGCCAAAAAACAAUUUGUAUUGUCAGAAGGAUUAAAGAAGAUCCAAGAAAUCAAAGCUAAUCCAGGUUCCAAGUUAAGACAAUAUAUCGACGAAAUCAAUUCUUAUUAUCCCCCAGAAAUCAUUCAGUAUUACAGUGCUGGAUACGAACAAUAAUUGCUUAAGAAAUUGGACGAUUAUAAUGCAGAUUGAACAUUUAUAAUAUUAAUCCAAAUAUAUAUUAAAUUACAAGUUAGC